CACAAAAGUGUAUGGUUAUUUCUAAUAAUAAGUUUUUUUAUUAAGCGUACAUAAUAUGGGUCUACAAUACAAAGAGGAUGGCGCCCCUUACGUUUUGUGGGGUGGACAUAAAAUCGAAUUAGAGACCGAUCCCAUUACAGAAGACUUUUAUGUAGAAAAAGCUGAAAACGAACUUAGAGAAACGCCAGAAAAUGUGGAAAAAGGCUUACGAGAACUGCGUGAGCUUUUAAAAGGUGAAACAAACCUCGUAAUACCUUUGGAAAAUGAUGCUUUCCUCAUGAAGUUUUUACGACCAUGCAAGUUUUACGCAGAAAGCGCUUUUAAAAGGAUACAAGCAUACUACAAGUUCAGAUUGGCUCAUGAAGUACACUGCCGCGACUUGCGACCCAGCGUUGUGAGGGCAGCUUUCGACCACUCCGUCGUAUCUAUAUUGUCACCGAGGGAUAGUAAUGGCCGACGUAUUAUGCUUGUUGAAUGUGGAGAGGGAUGGAAACCACGGGAGGUUCCCUUAACAGAAGUAUUCCGUGGUGUCCAACUGGGUCUGGAGUCAGCGAUGGUGGAGCCUCGCACACAGGUCUGUGGGGUCAACGUCAUACUGGAUAUGAAAGGGCUUUCCUUCUCACAUAUAAUGCAAUUCACACCUUCCUUCGCAAAAAUGGUCGUCGACUGGAUUCAGGAUUGCAUACCGAUUCGGUUAAAAGGAGUACAUAUCGUCAAUCAACCUUACAUAUUCAACAUGCUAUUUGCCAUUUUCAAACCAUUUCUAAGAGAAAAGCUGCGAUCGAGAAUCUAUUUCCAUGGAACCGACAUGAAUUCGUUACUUAAACAUGUGGAUGGUGUGGCGCUCAUGGAAAGGUUUGGAGGCAGUUUGCCUAAUAAUGAGAUCACUGGUGAAAUGAUGUGGAAGAUGCUAUGUUAUUAUGAGGAGAAUUUUAAAGUUGCCAAUUCACACGGUUAUCUCAGCAACAACAAUAAAUGAGCUCUGACAUCUCUAAUGUUCAUGUACAACGUGGAUUACCUUUAUUAAAAUUAGUAUUACCUUUAGUUAGUUAAUGCUACAAUAAUAUUAAUACUCACAAAAUAAUAAUACGUUUUUUUUAAAAGGUAGGUAUGAAGAGGUGUCGAAGUUUUUUUUAAUUGGCAUGAGUACAAUACUGAUAUAAUGAUACAUGAGUGAUAUUUUAAUACGACUAUGUACGUUAUUAAUUAAAUAUAAGAUGUUAAUGAUAUUUUUACAUUGAAUACUUCUCAUAUAUAUUAUUUUUAAACUGUGAUUUCGUUAUACGGUACAGGGUUGUAAAAUAAAUAAUUGAUAAA